UCUUCAACACAAUAUACUUGUGCUUUUGUCGGACAGCUCACUUCAAGCAUCAUGUUGUCUGAGAGAAUAUCUCCAGUCUCAAGUCUGCUUUUAGCUCUUUGUGUGACAAUUUCAGCCCAAACUGUGGAUUUUUACAAACCAUCAUUAGUCUCUGUGAAGUCUGGAGAACGUGUUACGCUUAACUGCACAUUUCUGCACAGCAGUAGAUCAGAUUAUAUUGUUUGGUACAAACAAAGAUUUGGAGAGAUACCUCAGGAAGUUGGAGAAAGGUUUUUGCAUAUGGAUGUCAAAAUUUCUGCUCAUUUUAACAGCUCAAGAGUGAAAUUGGAGAAAAUUAAUAAUGGGAUUUCUUUGACAAUAAGACAUUCAAAAAAGGAAGAUGAAGGAUUUUACUUCUGUGGGCUAUCGAACUGGGAGAAGGUUAAAUUUUUGGAUGGGACACUCUUGGCUGUAACAGAUGACAGAGAAGCAAAAGUGUCAGUGUGGCAGCGCGGCGUGUCAGACUCGGUUCCUGCAGGAGCCUCAGUGACUCUGCAGUGCUCGGUUCUCUCUGAGAGCAGAGCAGCAGAACUCCAAGUGCUCUGGUUCAGAGCUGCUCCACCACAAUCCCAUCCUCAAAUCAUUUACACUCAUCACAACAGCAGCCAUCAGUGUGAGAGCGGCUCUUCUACACACACCUGUGUGUACAACUUCACCAAGAACAUCCUCAGCCUCAAUGAUACUGGAACUUACUACUGCGCUGUGGCCCUGUGUGGGAAGAUCAUAUUUGGGAACGGGACACGAAUACAGCUGGGUGUGAACACAUUCACAGAGCAACAUUUCAAGGGAUCUGAUGCUGUAGUGAUCUGCCUUGCCGUAGCGCUGACAGUGUGUGUGGUGGUGAUUUUUGCUCAUGUGAUUUUAAACUGUAAAAAACAAAAGUUGGAAAAACAUAGAGCAAAACUUCCACAACGGGAAGAACAAACACACAAUCAGGGCCGUGAUGCUGUGGAGCUGAAUUACGCUGCACUGAGUUUCACUGAGAGGAAAACUAAAAGUGGAAGAAUAAAAAGAGGACAAGCUCAAGAUACUGUUUAUUCUGAAGUGAUUCACACUCCUGCUACUUAGAUGACUGUUGAUAAACGUAUUAUAACUGUCUUCUCAAUGAUUAAGCCAAAUCAAUGUAAAAAACAUUUUACUGACAUAAUCUGUUCUCUCCAGGGCUGAGAAAUCUAACUUCAUAUGUUACAGGCCUGACUUGCUUGAAAAUGUUAUGAAGGAAAUGUUGAGUAGCAAUUUUAAACUGAAUCUAUAAUAGCAUAAUAAUGCCUGAAUGUACUUUUUAAACCUAUGUACAGUUAUAAAGUCGAACAAAUGCUGUGGUCUGUUUAUUUACGAGCUCGUAUAACACUUUUGUUGUUUUUCCUGUGCAACUGUUUCCUGUAAACAUGUUGUAAUAGUUCAAUCUAUAACUUAUAAAUGUCAUGUUCUAGAAGAUAUGAUGUAAAAUGCUAUUUAUGAGUAUC